GCGGCACCAACUCAUAAAAGGCCAGCGAUGGUUGAACAGUGGCAAGGUACCUGGCAGGGAUCCUCGAUUUGGCGCCGGCAAUGAAAGCUGACAAAUAUAUUCGGCGGAACGGACGGCGCCGCACUGGCGAAAUACUGGGCAGACAACAAGGACGACAGGGCCCGAGUCAGCGGCGGCGCGCUGAAACACUACGGGCGCAGUGCGUUGACGUGGGCACGGCGUCGGGGCGGUGGAAGGCAAGUUGUGCGCAUUAGGACCCAGAGUUAAAGAUGCGCCCGAAUUGGCAUCACCGACGUGCGAGUGGCACGUGAACAUGACGUUUGCCCCGGCAAGCGACAGCAGCAGCGCAUUGCACAUGACGAAGAAGGGAGGGCCAGGAAAUAUGGAGCGCAUCGAGAUCCGACUCUUGGUUUUGCAGCAGCGGCUCGAGCAGAAGCGCCUGGAGUUCGAAAAGAUCCACACCGAUGACAAUGAAACAGACAUGCUGACCAAGCCGAUGACGGCUGUGCAAGAACAGGUGCCAGCCGCUGCCCGGUUUCGCGCCGUUCGUCGAGAAUUUCACCAGGCCUGGCGGCGAGGCCCUCGACGACGUCGGCGGCGGCAAGGCUCGUGGUGGUUUCGCUGGCGGCCAACCUGCGGCGCGAGCUGUCGCCCUGACGCGGGGCGGCCGUCGACCGCGUCCGACCGGCGCUGCGGCAGGAAGGAACCCCGCAGUGUCAGAUGUGGCGCCAGCGCUUUCGUCGUCUCCGAACCUAUCCUCUCUCUGCCUCU